CAGCAUGACGAGCGAACCGCCCCGUCACGUGCACCGUCGGAGAAGAAACCGGCCUCGGAAGCACCACGCCAUGGAGCCUCUGCCGCCAGAAGCUCUCACCGCCUCCAGACGCAAAAAACCCCACAACCUGAUACCAGCCCCGUCUCCAGACCCACCAGGCAUAGGCGAAGACGACACCACGGCGGACGACAGUAGCGGCCUGAUGGGCUCCAGUGAAGUCACUGUGGGCAACAGCACAGCGCUGGGUCCCGCGAGGGGUGCCGGCGCCCCCUUGGUACGCGCCGAGGAAGCCAUGAUCGUCUGCCUGGUGUUGCUCCUGUGGGUAGGCGCGAUCGCCCUGUUCUUCAACCGAUGGGGCAAAAUCCGCAUGCUCGAGCCGUACCAGCCCAAAUUCCAGCCAGCGCACCGCCCCUCCUGCCCGCUUUUGGAACUGCCGCAGACGGCCGCCACGGCCUCUCCCCCCUCCUGCCCUUUGAACCAACGACUGCAGUUCAACAAAUUCAAUACGAGCCAAGAUUCAGGGCAGAGCGUGCCCUGCCCGCACGGCCACACGCCUGCACGGCCGCGGCAAAACUCGGUGUUUGUGGCCACGCCGUGCAUGGCGGCGCACUUCGCACCCCCACCCCGCAAGGCCAAGAGCGCAGUCGACCUUCAGGAAUUGUUCCUGGAACAGGAGGAAAUGCAUCACCACAUGCCGCGGCCCUGUUAUCGGGGACGACGCGCCUCGUCGCUGCUGCCCCCACUCCUGCCCACCGUUCCUGAUGACCUUCCCACCCUGACCGACGUUCCCCUCACGGUUGAACCUCCAACCCCCACUCCUGACAGCCUCCCCUGCCAGGUCUUGGUUCUGGCGAGCCCCUGUCGGCCCAGUCCGGCCCUGCUACGCGUGACGCACGUGUGAACCUGCGCAGAAUGGGGGAACCACGCAGGGGCCAAUUAGCUGUGAGCGGAGGGGAAUGAUCUCUAGGUGGAAGGGUGGUGGCCGACGAAGGUGGCGCCAACCUCUUAAACGUGGUCGUGCACAAAAUUAAAAGAGUUAAAAAUCACGCGUUUGGUGACACGCGUGCGGGAAAGCAAUGAAAAAAAAAUUUAAUACCUUCAUUACAAUCGACUUUUUCAACUACUGAGCUACUUUAAUUAUUAAUAUACCUUCGAACCAUUGUUGUAUUUAUAGCUUAGGUUCGCGUUUGUCUUGUCAAAUGGUUAAUCAAAAGCUAAAAUGUACGCAUGUCAAACUUAUAUCUCUUCUAUAUAUCACCUUUUUACAAAAUUCUUACAUCUCAGAUCGGUAAGGUUGCUCUUUAUACUCUUUCAAAGAUACUCGCGUUUUCUUUUCAAAGCUAUAUGCUCUGCCUCUUUUUCCAUUGAAUUUAUACCUUCCCGCUGCCGGCGAGUAUGUCCGCUGCUUGCAAAUAAAUCUUGGAGCACGCGUAUCUUAACUGUGUCUUUAACAUUCCUUGAGAAGUAGCUCUCUGUUGAAAGAACCGCCCUCUCUUUCCCAUAUUGCUUUUCAGAAAUGUAUAUAUUAUAUACGAAUGAGCCGACGAACAUAUUUUGCUGUUUUAAUAA